AUGUCAACCACUUUGUAUCUCAACAUUUAUCAUCUUCCUGCUUCAACCGAUUGUCCAGCAACUGUGUAUGUUCGCAAUGUCAAUCUCGACACCGAAUUUGAAAAGGUAUUUUUCGACAAUUCAGGAGAAGCCAAUGAACAAAUUGUUCUCGAUCUUCCAUUUCCAUCAUCCCGAGAUCACAAAAUUGAAAUUAAGCUCUCUCUUCAAGAAGUGAAUCUCGAAAAGAAAUAUACAUUUAAUUUGACAAGUGACGGUUCCUAUAUUUUACUUGAUGGAUCACAAGGUCUUCGUUUCAAACAACGAUUUGAUGAUAACUUCGGAGCUGUCUAUGCAUUGACAAAACAUUCUUCCUCUCAAACAUCUAUUUCUGAAAAUAAGAAAAAUUUCAAAAAAUCAAGUCAACAACCUGGAUUUGAAUAUAACGUUGAAACUGGAGAGAAAAAUUAUAACAAAAUUGCUAUUGAAGGGCAAGUAAGAACUCUAAAAACAGAAACUAAAAACAAAGACACAACGAUAGAGGAUUUAGAGAAAUUGGCCUCUCUGAGAGAUGCUGGAAUUUUAACAGAGGAUGAAUUUGUGAUAAAAAAGAGAAUUAUUCUUGGAAUUUGA